UUCAACGUCAACGUCAUGCUCGACUUUGUGAUUGAACAAAUAGCGUUCGACAGAAUUAUAGCGGCAGUAGCUGUCGUUGUGUCAUUGGCAUUCAUACGAUCAUACGCUGGCGGUGUCAAGAAUGAUCAUAGAAGGGAUUUACAUCAACGUACUGUCAUUCUAGCCGGCCUCCCUUCGUCUGUAUUGACGUGUACACUACCAACAUUAGCAGAAACUGGUGCAACUAUCAUAAUUUUACAUCCUCGACCAUUAGAAUUAGUAGCUAUUAUCAACGCAAUUAGAUUGAGAUUCACAGACGCUGAAAUAUUCGCCGAGAAGUGUGAUCUCAAUGACGUAGAAUCCGUCAAGGAAUUCUCAGACAACUGGAACAAAUCUGAACGUACGCCAACUGGACCAAGUAACACGAUUGAGAGUGGUCAAAUAAGAAGAAUCGAUGGCGUUAUCUUCUCAACUGAUUAUGAAGAUGGUGUUGUAAUAACACCUAAUCAGGAAAAGAGGGAUGCAGCAGCACACUUGUUGUUAUUAUCAUUGAUACCUGCUAUAGCGCAUAGUCCAAAUUCACGUGAUAUACGCGUGAUUAGAUUGGUACAGCCUUUCUAUACCGCCGGGACACUCAAAGUUGUCAAUAGUAAGAUGACCAAUAUAAACUUGGCCGGUAUCCAAGCUCUCAGGGGAAUAGCGCUCAGUAGAUACCUUCAAAGUGAAAUUGAUAGUGCCAAAUCUCAAAAUGUCGUACCAGAAGUUGACAAAACUCGGAUCGAAAAGUCAAACGUAAGUUGUUUAACCGUUUGCCCUGGAUUUGUUAGGGAAGCGACAGUUUGGCCAUUAUUCAGUCAAUAUGGAAUAAUUGGAAAGUUACUCUACUUUUUACUUCUUCCGGUAAUUUAUUUAAUCACAAAGUCGGCAUCGGAAGGCUCAGAAGUUAUAACUUACGCUCUGAUGAAGGAGAAACCAGGGAAGGGGAUGUUGUAUAGAGACAACAAGUUAGUUGGACUACCAAAAGAACUGCAAAUUGAGUUAUCUAAUAUAGACAAUUUAAAGUCGACGUGGAUGUACUUUGAAAGUAAAUUAAAAAAUAAAUAAAGUUGUAAAAAUUCUCACUUUAAUUAAUCGCUCCCUCUAGUGCAUCAUCAACCAAAGCUGGCGAAAUGGGUCUAUGCUCGUCGAAGCAAGAUAAAAAUGGUAAACAACGCUCGCUAGAGAUAGAUAAGCAAUUAGAGGAUGACGCUAAAAAGAUGCGUAGAGAUUGUAAGAUACUGCUACUUGGGUCUGGUGAAUCUGGGAAAUCAACGAUAGUUAAGCAAAUGAAGAUUAUACAUCAAAACGGUUACUCUAAGGAGGAAUUAAUUGGCUUUAGAUUGAUCGUAUUCAAAAAUGUAGUCGAUUCCGCUCAAUCCGUCGUUUUGGCUCUUAGGAAACUAUCUAUGGAGCCAAUAUCAAAUACAAAUCAGCAUUACGCGGAUUAUAUUUUAGGUUUUAGACUGGAUCUAGAACCUGGAAUGACGCUCAACAAGGAACUCGUAAACGCUAUUGAUAGCCUCUGGAACGAUCCUAUUAUACCCAAAUUACUCGAUAGAUCAUCAGAGUGGUACUUGAUGGACUCAGCUCCCUACUUUUUCCAAAAUGUUCACAGGAUUGGUAAUCAAGAUUACAUCCCAAAUGAGAAUGACGUUUUGAGAGCGAGAAUUAAGACUACUGGUAUAACAGAGACGAGGUUCACUAUGGGUCAGCUAUCUAUACAUAUGUUUGAUGUGGGCGGUCAACGCUCCGAGCGUAAAAAGUGGAUACACUGCUUUGAAGCUGUUACGUCAAUCAUUUUCUGCGUUGCAAUAUCCGAAUAUGAUCAAACUUUGCUAGAAGAGAGUGGUCAGAAUAGAAUGCAAGAAAGUUUAGUUUUAUUCGAAUCAGUUAUUAACUCGAGGUGGUUCUUGAGGACAUCAAUUAUUCUCUUUAUGAAUAAAGUCGAUGUAUUUAGAGUUAAAAUUACAAAAGUACCAUUAGAGAAAUACUUCCCAGAGUAUUCAGGUGGCGCUGAACUUAAUAAAGCAGCUAAGUAUAUCCUAUGGAGAUUCACACAAACAAAUCGGGCGAGACUAUCAAUUUACCCUCACUUAACACAAGCUACGGAUACUUCUAAUAUUCGAUUAGUUUUCGCGGCAGUUAAAGAGACCAUUCUACAAAACGCUUUACGAGAUUCAGGUAUAUUAUAAUAUUGUUAAAUUGCAUACUAAUAAAACCUUAAAAUAACACAAUACUUACUCAACAAACCCUCAAAACAAGAACAAGAACAAGAUUUAAUAAGUCUACUGCAUUAUUACGCAUUUUCGCUCAUUCAAUUAUGUACAAAUGAUU